CCCAGUUAUCAACAGUGGUUGGUGGGGGUUGUUCCCCCUGCACCGUUCGGGUGGCUUUCAAGGUGGUCCAACCUCAGCAUGAACUGGGCCUUCCUUGAAGGCCUCCUUAGCGGGGUGAACAAAUAUUCCACGGCGUUCGGUCGCAUCUGGCUCGCCAUCGUCUUCAUCUUCAGGCUCUUGGUCUUCCUGGUGGCCUGCGAGAAGGUCUGGGGCGACGAGCAAAAGGACUUUGAUUGCAACACGCGGCAGCCCGGCUGUCACAAUGUCUGCUACGACCACUACUACCCCGUCUCCUACACCCGACUCUGGGCUCUCCAGCUGAUCUUUGUCACCUGCCCGUCCUUUCUCGUGACGCUCCACGUGUCCUACCGAGAAGAACGUGAGCGCAAACAGCGGCUGAAGUACGGAGAAAACUGCACGCCUCUGUAUGACGACACAGGGAAGAAGCGAGGGGGUCUGUGGUGGACCUACUUCCUUAGCCUGCUGUUCAAGAUAAUGGUGGAUGGUGUGUUUGUCUUCCUGCUCUUCUACAUCUACGAGGCCACGUUCUUCCCACCGUUGGUGAAAUGCAGCAUAGAGCCGUGUCCCAAUGUGGUGGACUGCUACAUCGCCAGGCCCACAGAGAAGAAGAUUUUCACCAUUUUCAUGGUGGUGACCAGCUUCGUGUGCAUCUUCCUCACUCUUUGCGAGGUCUUCUACCUGUGUGGGAAGAGGUUCUGGGAGUGCAGCGGAAGAGGAACUCGCUCAGUGAGGGAAAACUCCUUCAUGAUGACCAGAACUCCUCUGACUGGGAAGCAGAACUCAACGUUCAAAGAGACGGUUCCGGAGAAGGCCAACAUGGUCGACAACGGCAGUUCAGGAUCUGGCAAAGCGAGUUCAGCCCCAGCGUACAGCAUAGCAAUCUCCUGAGAGACAUACGUCAUGUUUAUGAGUUUGACUUUGACUUGGAAGAAUAGUAUCUUUUGUACUGUUGGACACAUUUAUCGGUAAAAUGUCAGUGGUUUCAAAGGAAAUGUUGUUUACAAAGUUCAUCUCUUCAUUUUCUUUUUUCUUUUUUUUACAUCAAAAUGAAGAUACAAUGUUUUGUCCCAUUAAUAUCUUUUGGCUUUUUAAAGACUUGUGAUCUAAAAUAACUGAUAUACACUCAAGGUGACUGUAGUAUUUAUGUGAUAAUUUCAUAACAUGAGAUUUUUUUUGUUAUCUGUAUGGCAACAAAAUAAAAAUGCUUUACUUAUUCUAAUAUACAAGAGCCGCAGUUUGUGUACUUUAACACAAACAGACUCAUACUUCUGUAUGAGCACACAGCA